CUUGGGUAAGAGCUUAGCAACCCUUCCGCAACCAUCAUGGCGGACAAGUCAUAUUGAAUUUUCAUGUGCGUGCGAUAUGGGUUACGGGCUUAAACUUCUCGUUUUACUCUUCUUCAUUUCAUUUCUCUAUGUGGUUGGAAUUUUUCUUUUCACGCGCGGCUUUCUUUUAAAACGACUAGUCAUUAACGAGUACAGCGAUUGUACGGAAAUUCCAGACAUGUUGCCGGAUCAACAACAGUCGAGGAAAAUAAAAAGUACAAAUGAAGGUUGCUGGACGAAGACGACUCACAAAAAGGCUGUGAUUCUCAUUAUCGAUGCCUUACGCUAUGACUUUGCGCAAUACAACACUAGCAUUGAGGAGCAGGCUGCGUUACCUUACCAGAACAAGUUAAAAGUGAUCCAUGAAGUGUUGGAAAACUCGCCUCAACAUGGAGUACUGUUCAGAUUUGUGGCAGACCCACCAACUACCACUAUGCAAAGGUUAAAGGCGCUUACUACUGGAAGUCUACCAACAUUUGUUGAUGCUGGGAGAAACUUUGCCAGUUCAAAUAUCACUGAAGACAACAUCAUUUUCCAGUUGAAAUCUCUAAAGAAGAACAUCACCUUCAUGGGAGAUGACACUUGGGGAAGUCUGUUCCCUGACUCUUUCCAGAAGUCCUUUCCAUUCCCGUCAUUUAAUGUGAUGGAUCUUCACACAGUGGACAAUGGUGUGAUUGAGCAUUUGAUUCCAGAAAUAAUGACAAAGGACUGGGAUGUUCUGAUUGGUCACUUUCUUGGGGUUGACCACUGUGGACACAAGUUUGGACCCAACCACCCAGAGAUGGCUUCAAAACUCACUCAGAUGGAUACUGUUUUACGGUCUGUGAUGAAAACACUUGAUGAGGAUACAGUACUGUUUGUGAUGGGUGAUCAUGGCAUGACACGUACUGGUGAUCACGGGGGAGACAGUGAGGAUGAGGUUGAUGCAGCACUCUUUGUUUACUCAACUAAACCUCUAGCUACUUGUAACAUGCAAUUAAAGGAUAAAACUACAACUGUCUCUCAGAUUGACUUGGUCCCAACCCUCUCCCUGCUUCUUGGCAUUCCAAUUCCCUAUGGUAACCUGGGAACCAUUAUACCUGAGCUGUUUUGCCAUGAUAGCACCAUGGAUUUACAAGCGCACCAUUCAGAUGACAAACAUCUUAGCAUGGCGCAGCAAGUGCUAGACUUGAUAGAAAGAAACACUGCUUUUGAAAUAAACUCCAAACAAGUCAACAGAUAUCUCAAUGAAUAUGCCUCCAUUUCUGGAGAGAUUUCAAAGAGCACAUUGGAAGACUUUGCCAGAAUUUUACACAAUGCAACUGAACUUGUUUCUGAGACCAGAGACUUUGCUGACAAAUUUGACAGUCACAAGGGAUUGAUUGAAAAAGCUACUAUGGAAGACCUAACACGUCUCCAUGAAAAAUUGACAGCCGUUGAAGGAUUUUACAGGGAUUAUUUAUCUCAAGUGAAGUCUCUUUGUCAGUCUCUAUGGGCUAAGUUUGAUCUCAACUCUAUAUUUGCUGGUGUGUCUGUGCUAUUUCUUGGUGUUGCUGUUGCGAUGUUAACACUUCUUGACUGUGGUAGAAGGUUGUCACUGCUGGCAGUAAUUCCCUCGAUGGGUUUCACUCUGGCUUCUGUAGUGACUUCCUUUAGCUUUAAUUUUAUCAUUGUCAUGUCUUUAUUUCCUCUGUGUGUAUUGGUACUAGGUAUGUUUAUUUCCCUUCAGAAGGUAAUAAUCAAAAGGACGAAAGUGGCGGUUGGCUGUUUGUUCACUAAACUUUCAACAGACAGUGUUUUUGCUGCAGUUUUGUGUUUUCUUCAAUGCAUGGCUCUGUUUUCAAACAGCUUUGUCGUGAACGAGGACAAAAUAAUCGCCUUUUUCAUUCAGGCUUUGAUUGCUAUGAAAUGCGUUCAGGGCCUUUGGAAAUGUGGGAUUAGCGACAGGAGAAGGCCCCUUUUAAGACAGAACUCUAGGAGGUUGCCCAAAAAGGAGCACAAAAGAGGCAGUGUCAUUGGAUUUCUCCUCAGACUGUUAUUGGCAUGGAUUGCCUUUGACAUUGUCAAUAGAACUGCCAUCGUAUUAAAAGCUUGCCGAGAGGAACAGUGGUCUUGUGUGCCUUCGGAUUUCCUUAAACCUCUGUCAGCUUUAACAAACAAGGAUUUUACAGCAAGCAAUCGCUUUAUUCUAACUGUGUUAUGCACGGGUGUGAUUCCGCUUGCAGUUCGACAAUGGCUGCGUUAUCAGGGGAAUUUAAAUGGGCCAUCGUUCGUGGUAUUGUGUGUAAAGUUUUCCCUGCCGGGAGCAUUUCUACUGAUCUGCGCGCACUGGGUGCUGCAGAUGGUGCCAGAGGAAAGGACCUCUGUCUUCCCAGAGAUUCGGCUGUGGCAGCAGAUCAUCCUUCCACAGAUGGUUUACUGUCUGUGUGUCGCGACAGUCGCAUGCCUAAUGUAUUCGCCACUGUGUCUCUACACUGUCUUCAGAGGCAGGAAAACCUCUUUCAGCGAAAAAGUCCAAGCGUUGCAAGACCCAGACGAUAAUUCUGCCAUCAUCCACGCUGUGGUUCAAGAAAUAAAGCAGAAUUGGCACGGUGAGAACGGGAACACUCCUGUGGAAGAGAUUGGCAAAGAUGACGCAAAUACACCAAUGGUUUACGGUCUCGCUACAGUGUACUCGUCAGCGUUAUUGAUUUUAUUUCUCACCGUUGCGUUGCCGCUAAUGAUGCUUUUGGCCAACGGAAUGUCCCCGUCUGUUUUUCUGAUGUGUGUGCAGAUGUUUUUGUUGUUAGAAAUUCAUGGAUUGAGCCAUGAUGGGGAACUCGACAGCAGUUAUAUCAACGACUCAGAUACUUCAUUGAGCAUGGUAGCUCUGUGGUAUUUCCUUUCGUGCUAUUCCUUCUACUGUACAGGACACCAAGCCACUAUUCCAUCCAUCCGUUUCGAAGCGGCCUUUGUUGGAUUCCCAGGAGACAUGGAAAGCCUUCUUCUACCAGGUCUCCUCAUUCUACUCAAUACUUUCGCUGGCCCAGUCCUAUUUGCUCUUGGUCUUCCUCUCGUCCUGUUUUGGCCUCAAAUACCAAACAGAGUGCUAGGGACUGAGAAGAAAAGUGGUCGUCAAUCAAGCAAAGGAGAGUUCGAUUGGAUUGAAAGUCCCGAGCAGUUAAGAACCCGGACAUUUCGCCUCGUACUCAUGUACCAGGCACUUCAUGGCGUUAAGCUUUUAGCCACAUCUUGCUCUGCCGCUCUACACCGCCGCCAUCUUAUGGUGUGGAAGAUUUUCGCUCCCCGAUUCGUUUUCGAGGGUGUCUCCUUCUUGCUGACCACCGCUGUGUUGUUCGCGAGUUUUGUCGCGGUUCUCAGGAUUGAUCAAGCCCUACGAAGCUGGUUCAAGAAACUAGAGACGUCUGAUGAAUUGAAAACAAAGAGCAGAUAGUCAACGUCCAGUCUCACCAAGGGUUCUCUAGUGUGUUCAGUAAAUGAACCUCACCGUACGGGCACUUCGUUAUUAUGAGCAAUUCACUUGGCCCCCUCAAACGACUCUCAUAGUAGUCAACUGGUUGUUGACUAGUGAAAUAUCCUUUUCUUACGAGCGUCUUUGGUACGCUGCUCGUGUGAGAACGUUAUGCCACAACAUCAGCGGUCAGAAUGUUAGCUAAAUAAAUGAGCGCUCUUCUCAACAGAGUUCGAUUCGUUUUUAGAUUGUUCACUGGUUCCCAGUCUCUCCAAGCAAUGGGUGUUAAUCAGAUUUGGUAUCAAUCACUGAUAUUUUAACAAGAAAUUAAAAUUAAAUCUGGACUGUUGGUACUCUUCGCGCUCGGUUUAAGCUUCGCGGGCAUUUUUUCUCGCUCCGAGCCCAGCUUUUGCAGGCCGCCCUGUGGGCAAGGUAGUAAGCCAAGUUUUGCUAGAAGUAUUGUUGGCACAUAAAAACAAUGCUUUCUUUAAAAAAAAAAAAAUCCUUGUACAUCUUCACAACUGCUGGCAUCUUUUAUUACUACUAUUAUUAUUUGGGGAGAUUUUUUUGCUACUUAGCAAAUAAUCUGUAAUCUGCGCUGGCAUAUUAACGACCUUCGUAAGAGAGAUUCUUGUUUAGUUAAUUGCAGUCGUCUAAGGAAAAUACUCCGCAAGGAGGCCGCUGAUGUUAUUCGCUACUUUUUUUAAAAGGCAAAUUAAUCUGCCUCGUGUGAUCUUUAGAAACACUUGCCCCUGCUGUUUCCUGAUGAUAUGACAAUCAGUGAUCAAUUACCUGUUUAACUUGCACCCAUCUUGAAAAGUCGUUUGUGAACAAUCACUCUACAUCGAUUUAUUUCGAUUGUAUUUCUUUGUUAACGUAGUGAACAGAAAAAAAAAAUACCACUUAUACCCCGAGGUUUAAAUUGGAAAUGCAAUUAGAAGAAUAAAAAUCUUUUUUGCCCUCCCUUCAAGAUGUUAAACAAGCUAUAAACCCAUUUAGAAACAUUUCUAUUUCUUCUAAUAGUCCCUUGGAAUCACUUAAAACCGUAUCGAUAACUAGCUUUCAUCCAAUAGCUAAAUAAAUUUGUUUUCGUGGCAUCGAGGGAGAUAUUAAAAACGAGCUAUCCGUGUAUAGCGAAAGAACAAAACUUGAAUAUCUACUACUUUUGGUAAUGGAAGGCCUGAUUAUAUUGAAUAUAUUUUCAAAAGAAGAAUUACUUAUUGAAUUCUAGUUUUAAAUUAUUAUCGAUAAAAGCUUUACUUAGAAAAUUCGUGCUCUGGCUGAAGCAGUCCUCUGUACAGUAAUCUUGUAAUGCAAUGUUUUUGUUUUUUUUCUAGAGGAGAGCGAAUCAGCUGCGGAUUUCGUUCUUUGUAAAAAGACGGCGAAUGUUUGUAUACACGAUUUAUUAGGGUAUAAAAUUGUCAAUUAAAUGAAUUUUACAGCUAUGGGUAUCUGACCCACGGACAUUUGAAAAGAUAUUACCCCAAGCAACGAUACAAAAAGAAGUACGUGAGAAGCGAAAUAAACUAAUUAGUGAGCGACCCAGAAACAAUAUGAAAUUGUGGUUGGUGUUUUUUAUGUAUUAAUUUAUUUAUUACUUUCUUUUUCUUGGAUUGGUGAAAUUUGUAAUCGAAAUCUUCCUAUGACUUAGCUUUGCCGCCAGAUCUAGUUGAAUUUAUUUCUAUGACAAACAAAAUCAAUUAGUUAUAUUUGCGCCCCAUGUAAUGUAGCCAUUGUGUUCAACUGGAAAAAAAAGACUUUCUCUCCAAUUGUUGGGAAAUUUCGGUCAAACACUGCAGUCCGUGAAGAUCUCUGUAAUACUAGGUAAGUGCGAACUGAAAAUUGCUUCAAUCUGCUAUUACAGUAUUAACGAGACAAAUUUUAGUAAUUAAAAUUACUAAAAUUUGUUUCGUUAAAAUCGUCCACUAGUCUGAAAAUGCCAAUGGUGACCUGUGCAAGAUUUUGCAAUUCGUCAGUUUUCAAACUUACGUCCCUAUACCUUGGCAGAUGGAAAAGCUUAAAAGCUGGCUCAAAAACAAUGGUAUUUCACUAAUCUCUGUCGUACAUUCCGGAAAAGAGGAUGGAGAGAUGAGAAAUUAAAUUUCGGCAUUCACAAAAGUUGACUUUGUAUUGUUAUCUCAAAAGAAACUUGAAGGCUUUUAUUCUUAUAAGCUUUCUGUACCGUCGAGUGUGAGCUCGCGUUUUUGCUUUGCAUUGAACGAAUAAGAAAUGCACCCUAACUUUGUUUUACCAUCAUAGUUUUAUUUUGUGAUAGUUGAAACUGAGUCCUGAAUCUAAGUCCUUUAGGGAAGAAAAACCAUGAGGCUAUCCCUGAUCAUCACUGCAGUCCUGUGUGUACGGUUGACGAUGGGAGGAACAAACAACAACUAUUGUGGAAAAAAUCCCUAUCCUGACAUCACUCUGCACAAAUUCGCGGCGUGGGAUUGCGGCAGCGAUGAAAGCAAGCUUCUCGUUGAUAUUGACGCUGUAAACAUCCCCAUCUGCGUAAAAGGCAAUUUCAGCAUCGGCAGUGCAAACCCCGGCCCGUUCUCCAUUGUUUACGUUGCUAGCAUAACGGGGACAAUAAUGGGCUUUUUUCCGAUUGUAGAAGACAUCCCCAUGUGUGAUGCCGGACCGUGCUAUAUGCUUGUGAACUGCCAGGAAUUAAAAACUCUGCUUGGAGCUAGCGCUGAAGACGCGAAUGAUCCCAACUGCGUUGUGACAACUGGUGAUGUAGAAUUUCUGGUGAGCACGAUGCUAGACGGGCCAGUUAACCUUCCUCCAUCCGUUGUUAGCGGAAUACAAGGAGCCGCUGUUAAUACUGAGAUCGAUAUCGAUGCUGAUAUCAUGGCGGGCCUCACCAUCAAAUUGGCCUGCAUCUUGGAAGAAAUGCCACUCAAAUUGCUAAAGUAACUCAGAACUGAGAAACACGACUAUAACAAAAUGCUGUGUGAGCCAUAUUUCGGUAGCUGAAAGAAACUAAGUUGAACUCA